GGGGGCUUUGGGGAGGGAGAGGUGGCCCAGCUUUGCCCGCUGAUGUGCCUGCUGGUGAAGGGGGUUGUGGGGAAUACGUACGAGGGAAGGGUGGGCUCGGAGCGGAGUUGUUAGUGUACUCUGGAGACUGGGAAGCGGAUACAGUGUGACUGCGGCGUGUCGCAGCGUGACUGAGCACAAGUACAACCAGAAAAAUGGAAGAGAACAAGAAAGGGGAGAAGCCAGGAAAGCAAGUUACAGAACCUGAAUCAGAUAUACCAGAAGCCAUACUAGAACUUCAAAUUGAGACAAAAGAAACAACAAUUGAUCGGGUUUUGGUUCAUCUGGAAGAAUUGGAAAAUAAGAUCAUAGAGGAUCAUAAAAGAAAUGACCACCUGAAGGAAGAACAGCAGGCACUUAUCAGGCGCAUAAUAAAACAAAUAGAAGAAAAGGAGAAAAAACGAGAUGAAAAGGAGGUUGUAACUAGGAAUGAUGUGGAAGAGUCACUGAAAGCAAUUUUUCAGUAUGUGAGGGACAAAGAACAACUUUUUGAAGAACUGCGCUCCCAAAUUGAAGAAAUUCAGCAAAGAAUUUCAGUAAAGCAGCGUGAGAGAGAUUAUUGGUUGGAGUACAAAAAUGUAGGAAGUAAAAUACACGCUGACAAGAUUAGCAGUUUGGAAAAAGACAUUAAGGAAGUUAAAGAUGAGCUUCAAAGAACUGCAGAAUAUUAUAGAGAUGCUUUGAAUGCAGUGAAAGAAGAAAAUAAGAGUCUGUUUGACAGGCACUUGAAGUUACUUAGUGAACAGGCUCUUAAGAGUGCUGUGGGAUACUUAGACAAAAACUGUCGCAGAGAAAUUCAAGAGAAUGAAUGGCUAAAAGAAGAGGUUAAGAUCUACCGAAAGGAAGUAAGUGAUUUGAAAGCCUCUGUUCAGCUUCUGGAAGAAGAAAAUACCAGUUUAGUGGCAAAACUGAUUGAUACCAAACUUGAGAACCUGAUAGGAUCCAGGCAUUUGUUUCUUCCUGAGGCAGCUGGCUUGCAAGAAGGAUUUCCUAAGUAUGGAAUGGAACUGGAAUAUAGAGAAUAUGCAGCAAAGGCAGAUGGAGAAGAGAGCCUCAGAAGUGCCACAGUUCCCUGUAGGAGAAAAAAAGCCUUUCCAAAGGUUCAGUCUAAAACAGAGGAUGAGAAGCCUCAAGACAGUGAAGAGCUGCAGGAAAAAAUCUUCACUACCGCCUUGGAUCGCUUGCUGUACGAAGAUGAAGAUGAUUUCAAGGCAUACUUAAAACUGGGUCCUCUGAAGAGAAAGCUGUAUGUGGUUGGAAGAGCCGCACCUACUCAUCAUAAGGAACCAGAAGAAAUGCCAAGCAGGAGCGACAGAGAGGAUGGCAGUGUUGGUAAAUCAGAUGGGCACAUCACAGCUGAGAUGAUCAGGGCCUUAUUUAAAGAAAAUGAUGAUGGAAACUAGACAAGCUGUGCUGUUAACACAGAAAUGUAACAAUCUCAGUUCCUCAAAUAUUUGUUCUGUUCUUCAAGGACUGUAUGGCAUUGGGCUUUGUGGAAACUAUUUUUGAGUGCCUGAAUCAUGAUUAGCACGUAUAAGUUUAAUGAGAGGUAAGUCUGUGUGCAGAUGGCUAAUUGAAAGGUUCCUUUCCUUACCUCUGAGAGAGGUCUUGUGCACAUUUUGGGCUACUCAGUCCACAUAGCAGCAACUGUAUCUACAAAAGGAUCUGAGUCAAUAUUUAGUUUGUGUUGUCUCCACUUGCAGACUGUCAAAUGUGGGAUUCCCUCUUGAUUGGACACUAAUGGGUAAAUGCAGGGCUGCCAUAAGAUAUAGAACUGUUACAAAAUACUUAAUACUCUGCUAAAGCAGAAUUAAUUUGUCCAGGCAUAAUUCAACUAUUGGUACAAAUUGAGUGUUGGAAUGAAUUAUAUCUGUCUCCAUAAGACCCCUACUUAAAUAUAUGGAAAUAAACAAAAAUUAAUUUUAAAAAAAUAAAACCAGCAUAAAAAUCUUGAAAGUCUUAAAUAUUUUGUUUUUUUAGAAUUGGCUAAAUAUGUUGUGUAACCCUGUAUCUUCGGUUUGUGACUGGUCUCUAUGAACAUAUAUCCUAGUGCACUGAUGCAGUGGGGGAGUUUUCCACUCCCACUGUGCACCCUGGAUACCCUCUCAGGAGCACACAAUGCAGUUAUUUCCCACAGGUAAGCUCUGAUGGGUGUAUUUCCUAAUUAGAAACUUGUGACAGCAUUGAAUAAUCUCAUUUAAACCCCUGACAGGUUAAUCAGCUGUUUGGAAUAAAGCUUUUCAAAAAAUUUAAAA